UGUAUCCAUCUUCGACUCAACAGCCGCACAGAGACAAGAUGACGAAGCGCACCAAGAAGGUCGGUAUCACGGGUAAAUAUGGUACCAGAUACGGUGCCUCCCUGCGUAAGCAGGUGAAGAAGAUGGAAGUGUCCCAGCACGCCCGUUACAUCUGCACCUUCUGCGGAAAGAACACCGUCAAGCGCAAGGCUGUUGGUAUCUGGGAGUGCAAGGGCUGCAACAAGACUGUUGCCGGUGGUGCCUACACUGUCUCUACCCCCGCCGCCGCCGCCACCCGCUCCACCAUCCGUCGUCUCAGAGAAAUCGCGGAGGUUUAGAUGUGAUAAUGGGAUUACCUUUUCUAUUACGUUUAAAUUCAAAAAUGAGAAAAUGAGAUCUGGAGAAUUUCAAUAAGCGAAUGUCUCUUACCACGAAGCCCGCUAGUACGAUGUUGGUAGCGCCAACUGUUGUCGUUUGAACACAAGAUUCUUCUCCACCAAUAGAUUUAAUUACCAUCGGUGAUUCCAGACCCUUCAUUUCGUUCCAUCGAACCAAUUAGUCGAUUCACGGGAUUUAUUGGAUGGACUCUUUCGUACUACCACUGUUCUGCACUUGGGGACAAAGGGAACAACUUGUGAUUAUAUCAUACCAUCUGAUGGACUCGUUUGUGGCAGCAUGUGAGUAUCCCAACAGGGGGUGCUGGGUUCAGGUUGAUGGAUGUCCACUCGAUAAUCUUAAGUUGAGUGUGUAGGAAGACACCGCCAACCUCCGCAUUUCCGCCAGGAUGUAAAGGAAAACGCCCCCUCGUGCAGAUAUCGACAUGCAUGCAUACUAUCCUUAUGUGCCAAAUGUGGCCUUUCUUCUGCUUGAUCACUCGUUUAGAGUUCUAUCCGUAGCUUGUUCGGACAGGUUGCUCAACACGGUCGCAAACCUUAAAAAGAAAUGUGUCUACUACGUAUUUGUUCCAUUUUCUUUUGUUAUUUUCGUUUUCUUGGACUACUACUAGGGAAGGGACCGUUGUGUCAGCUAAAUAUAUCAAAUUAACUAACUAGUUCCUCGUCAUAUUUUAG